CUUAUGACAGUGCUCUAGUCUUUGAGUCUUUCUUGACCUGCGGUAGAAAUGUUACAAACCGGGAGAGAGGAACAACGCCGUGACAGUUGGGUGCUUGAGUUUUCCCUGGCAUGAAUUAUAGAUGUCCCUAGUUAGGCGACCGUCUGGUGGGGGCCCAGGGCGCGUUGGUUCGGCAGAUGGAGGCCCGGUUCUCACGCGAAACAGCAGCUUGAACGGGCUCACGGAGGAGGUCAUUAAAGGGGCCACACAACGAUUCGAUGUGGAGAUAGUGUUCAAGUUCACGUGGGUCAAUAAAGGCCUCACUCGCAUGUCGGGCCUGGAGCGCUGCAUCAACCUGGUGGAGCUCAACCUGUCCAACAACCAGAUCACUAAGAUCGAGGGGCUGGAGGGGCUGGCUCAGCUGCGGCGCCUGCAGCUGUGCUCCAACAAGCUCACGCGGCUGGAGCCGGCGCAGUGCUUCACCGGUCUGACCCGGCUGGAGUCGCUGGCGCUGCAGGACAACCGGCUGGGCCCGGGGCUGGACGCGCUGGGGCUGCAGGAGCUGGGGGCGGCGCUGCCGGGGCUGCGGGCGCUGUACCUGCAGCACCUGGACCGCACCGGCUCCAACCCGGUGUGCCGCGCCGAGGGCUACAAGCCCGCGCUGCUGGCGGCGCUGCCGGGGCUGUGCAACCUGGACGGCGAGCGGUCGCCUGGCUCGCUCAACUAUGCCGAACUGGCCGCCGAGUAUGACGCCUUCCGCACCGCGCCGCCCGCGCGCAAGCCGGUGGUGCUGCCCGACCCCGCGCCCUGGCUGGCGGGCGUCAGCUUGGAGCUGCCGGCGGGCGGCGGGGCGGCGGAGGCGGAGGUGCAGCAGAGGCACGGCAAGGCUGUCAAGUCUCUGGACGAGUGUGAGAUGCUGGUGCACGUGCUGCGAGAGGAGAGCGCCAGGUUCAGGCAGCAGCUGGCGGACAAGAAGACGGCGCAGGCGUGAUGAGCGAGCAGGCUGCAUGGGCGGCGGCAUCAAGAGUGGCGCGAGGGAGCAGCAGGAGUAGCCGGAGCGGGAGAUGGCGCGCGUGCGAUGGAGCGAGCUAGCCUGGCGGCGCUGCAUGCAGGCGAGCUGGGCGAGGGAGGGCGUGAAGGGGCAGGGGUGUGCCGGUAAGAAGCAAGCAUGUGAACACUGUCCGCGCGGUGAGCGAGGCCGGCCAGCGAGGCUGGCAAUGCUGGCCGUGCGUGGCACGUAUGCGUGUGGGACGGACGCGGACGCGGCGGACGCAUGACAAGCAGACAGCGGCGGCAACACACAAACGCGUUCCUCGUUAUUGUCCGUGCAAGUUUAAUUGCAAUUCAUGUCUGUGGCAAUCAGUUAUUCCUUCACAAUGCGCGUGGGGGGAAGCCAUGGAGAGGGAUAAUGGUAUGCAAGCGUCUGCAGGUGCCUGUGUGUGCCCACUCCUGCGCAAGCAACUCAACGCAAGCCAUACUAUCUAUCAGUAUACAAUGCUGGAAAAUAACCACGAUAAACCUCAUCACGCACAAUUAUUCCACACGCAACAAGGCGUACGUACAAUUGCGCUCAUGAGAGGCGGUCUAGCACACUGACUUUGCUAGACCAGUACUAAUACCAGCAGAUGGCUCACGGUGGAGUGUACACAUGCAUGGAUCCAAAACAUAACGAUGUAAGCAUGUAUGUGAUUAAGGACGGACCAUUGAGCACGAGGGAGUGCGGGUGGCCAUGCCAAUGGAAGCACAUCUUUCUUCGUUCUGCCCUGUUCAGCGCUCAUAAGAAACACCAGCAGCGGUAGUGUGCAUGAUGAUACUGCUUCGAGGAAGUAUCGUGUACUUGAACAAUAAUACGGGGCACGGCAAAAGCACACGCCUCCAGUAACCUAGCCUCCUACACUAGCGCUAUCUACCAACGCGGCCAUUAGUAAUCAAGAACACAAGGGGACAUGCGUCCCCGAUGGGGCUACCCAUUGCAGCAGCUGUGUACCUGCGCUGCCGAUUGCUCAACCUCAGGAAACUGCUUCAUUAAAAUUCAAUGCGACAUUACUUUGCGCUUCACUGGGCGCGUACAGUAUGGAUCAAGCGUUUCAAAGGAAUGAACCUCAAGCAGGCAUUUGGACCGAAUCCACUGCUGCUGAGCGGUGCAUGAGGCCCAUCCGCCCAUUAGCCCGCCACGACGACGGUGGAGUUCUUGGGCCGACAGAUCGUCACGCCCAUCUGCGUGCAUUUUGCAAGCAUCAUUGCGUUGAUGGAUGGGGAAGUCACUACCAACAAACUUACUGCAUAUCGUAGAUAGGUACGUGUGCGGCGCUAGCUCGCCGUGCGCGUGCUGACAUGCAUGCGACCCCUUAAGCUUGCGCAAGUAAUAAGCUUACCUCGCACGCGAGAUACACCGGGGGGCCGUUGGAGGUGGGAGUGCCCUGGACGAGCUUGCUCAGCGUGAAAGUGCCCGGGCCCUGCAGCAAGUCAUACGUGUGUUAAGUCAUCUCGCAGUCUUAUGGGUGGAUGGCACGCACGCACAAAAUAGAGCGUACGCUUUUGUGCGUGCAUGCGCAGUCCAGUAGUUGUGCGUGCGUGCAUGCACCAUGCAUGCGUGCCCUUCUACGCAUACUAGGUGCGUGGCAGCAGUAGCAGCAGCAGGGCCGCGCACCGUGAUGGGCAGCGGCGGGGACACGCUCGGGGGCGGCAUGUUCAGCUGACCCGGGGCAUUGCUGGGGGGAGGCAAGAAGCCGGCGUAGAAGGCGGCUGAGGUGGCGGUGUCCGUGUUUGACACAAGCGUGAUGGCGCACGAGGCGUUGUAGACGCCGGCGCUUAUUUCAGUCCUGUAGAUAGUUGCAUAAGGAAUCACAGGCGGAAUUACGGAUGAAUCAAGAACGUACGGGCCUCCCUGGCCCGCCGCCCGCCGCACUACGUCAGUACGACGCCUCGCACGCACGCAUCUACGGUACGGACAUACACAACCACACUUACACGCUGAGCACCACGCCUCCCGCAUAGAAUCCCUUGCUUGAUUGAUACUGUGCGUGUGGUGUGGAAGUUGCAAGGCAUGCAGCAUCAGAGCGGCGGUAUUUAUGGCGUAUGCGAUUGACAGGCAGCAAUAAUUCAAUGAUCUCGAUAGCUCCUAUAUGCUUGUUACGCACCUGGGCGCAGCCAGCGCACAUGAAGACGUUGGGCUGGAUUAGGGCUGGGCUGAAUGUGGUGUAAGUGGUGCCAACCAGAUUGUUCGGCGGCGCGGCGCCGAGCUGAAAGUAACCGGCAAAACUGCAGAUGGAUAGAGUCAGGUCGGGGGUGCAAUAAUGGGUACGGCCGCGGCGGCAUGCUGACGUAUGAGUAAUAAGCUUGGCAACCUACGGAUCACCAUGAGAUAGCUGGAUGGUGCACGGCAGCGACGGUAACGGUGCUAACAGAAGGGUACCAACAUGAUACGAACAAGCAUCUAGCGGCGGCGCGGGUUUGGAAUUGCUUGGCAUGUGCUGAGUCGCUUGGCAUGUGCAGACAAAGCCGGCAAAGUAUGCAAUAUGUAUGCAGUCAAGCAACCGUGCGCCUGCCGCGAAUCCGCGUGCACUCCGUCCUGCCCAUGGCCAUUUACUUGCAGCAAACAACCCCGCCCCCAUCGGUACCCGGCACUUGCUUGUUGGCGGUGCCGUUGAGGGGGAACCACGUGAAGAAGUUGUUGGGAACGCUGGCGCCGGAGCUGCCAACGUAUGCCUGGACCUGCACACAAGCGUAACAUAUAAGUGGUAGAGUAAUUCAGCCGCAGCAACGCGUGCCAGGGCCGCGUACGUGCACGCACGGGGCUUUGGUUGCAAGGUAUGUAUGCCGAACGGGUGGUAUUAAGAAG